ACGGCCGCUGAUUGGUUCUCAGCCGUAUCCGGUGGGGCAGCGGUCCAGGGCUCGGGAAAAAAAUCGAAGCGAGGAGGAUCUGGUAACGGUUCGCUUCGAAAAAAAUCAUCCAUCCCGAGUCGCUAUCGAAGGGCUCGGCAGGAAUUUUACAGUUUCUUUACAAAGGUUAGAGGUCACAGAGCAGGGUUGCGGUUGUCGUCAUGGCAUCUGGAAGUACGAGCAGCGAGGAGGAGCGGAGCCUGAGGGAGUGUGAGCAGUACGUGCAAAAACACAACAUUCAACAGCUGCUGAAGGACUGCAUUGUCCAGCUGUGCACCUCCAGGCCGGACAGGCCCAUGGCCUUCCUCAGGGAGUACUUCGAGAGGCUGGAGAAGGAGGAGGCCAAGCAGAUCCAGAACCAGCAGAAGGCCAGCAGUUCCCGUUCAGACUCUCGUGACGAGGAGGUUUCUCCCCCCAUGAACCCGGUGGUGAAGGGCCGCCGGCGGAGAGGAGCCUUCAGCGCGGAGGUCUACACAGAGGAGGACGCAGCCUCUUAUGUCAGAAAGGUCAUUCCAAAAGACUACAAAACGAUGGCAGCCUUGGCCAAAGCUAUUGAAAAGAAUGUUCUCUUCUCACACCUGGACGACAAUGAGAGGAGUGACAUAUUUGAUGCCAUGUUUCCAGUCACCUACAUCGCUGGGGAAACUGUUAUUCUGCAGGGUGAUGAAGGAGACAAUUUCUAUGUAAUCGACCAAGGAGAGAUGGAUGUGUAUGUGAACAAUGAAUGGGUGACCAGCAUCGGGGAGGGGGGUAGCUUCGGAGAGCUGGCCCUGAUCUACGGGACCCCGAGGGCGGCCACCGUGAGAGCCAAGACCAACGUGAAGCUGUGGGGCAUCGACAGGGACAGCUACAGGAGAAUACUUAUGGGAAGCACUUUGAGAAAGAGGAAGAUGUACGAGGAAUUCCUCAGGAAAGUGUCCAUUCUAGAGUCUCUCGACAAAUGGGAGCGUCUGACAGUCGCUGAUGCCUUGGAGCCCGUCCAGUUUGAGGACGGACAGAAGAUUGUUGUGCAGGGAGAGCCUGGAGACGAGUUCUUCAUCAUCUUAGAAGCUAUGUGUUUUUCUCAGGGUUCUGCAGCUGUGUUGCAGCGUCGCUCAGAGAACGAGGAGUUUGUGGAAGUGGGGAGGUUAGGACCCUCUGACUACUUUGGUGAGAUUGCCCUGCUGAUGAACCGCCCCCGCGCUGCCACUGUGGUCGCCCGCGGCCCCCUGAAGUGUGUGAAGCUGGACCGACCUCGCUUCGAGCGCGUCCUGGGUCCCUGCUCGGACAUUCUCAAACGAAACAUCCAACAGUACAACAGCUUCGUCUCGCUGUCCGUCUGAAGGGUCUCUCCUCCUCCUCCUCCUCCUCCUCCUCCUCCUCCUCCUCCUCCCUCCUCCUCCUCCUCCUCCUCCUCCUCCCCCCUCUACCCUUUCCCCUCUUUUCUCCUUUUAGACCCAGGGUCCACCAAUGCAAUUUGCUUUUUGUCACUUUCUUCUUCUUCUUUCUGUUUCGGCUUUUAUCCCUUUUCGUUUUACACACAGAGAUCAUUUUGUUUGUUAGCACCCGUCACGCUGAGGUGACUUUCAGCCAUUCACCAGCGCUUGUACCAGCUGCUGUACGCUACCUUGUAGGCACAGGUUACAUCACACGUUACCUAUGUUAUAUUCGCUGGUUACGCUUUCUUUUUUUGACUUAAACACAAAGCAGGAUUGUUAGGAGAUCUGAAAGACAUUAGGGUCUCAGACUGCUGAGACAGGACAAUCAAACUUUACAUGGCGCUUUUAGUGAACUUCUUACAGAUUUAAGUUGUAGGUUGAACAGAGGACUUAUUUUCUCCCCGUUAAAAAGUUUCCUUUUGGACAUAAUUUAGCCCGAUUAGACACAGUGUAGAGAAAAACCUAGAAACUGUAUAAAAAAAAAAAAGGCAGGACGAAUAUGAUUGAAUUUUAUCAGACGUUAUUUAGGUUUCAGCUAUACCAUGAUUGGCACGAUGAGAAAAGGCUGUUUUGCUUAGUAAGAGAGAGCUUGUAUAAAUUAUAAUUUGAAUGUGCAGCUACCAGGCGAGUGCCAAAUGUGGAUUAUUGUCACAACGCAACGAUGCAUAGCCGUGGAAACGCAGUGCGUGCCCUCAAUAUUUGGAGCUCCAAACAGGAAAUAGUUACUGUCCUCUUUAUCGGUAGAACGACCAUACAAGAACUGCCUUGACUACUCUGAGGAAAAAUAAUAUAAUAUAUAAAAGAAAGCUAAAAAAAAAAAGAAAAAAAAGAGUAUUAAGUGUAUUUCAGUAUUCAAUUUUUUUAGUAUAUACCAAAUAACUUGGUCACUCUUCUGCUAUGGUUUGUAAUCAAAAUGUUAUCAUAGUAUAGUUCAAAUCGAUCAUAGUUAUAUUAUUAUUAUUAUUAUUAUUAUUAUCAUGGACUAAAUGAUAAACUUAUGGUUUGGAGUGAUGGUGAUCUAAAAAAAAAAACUAUGUUUAACUGUCUUUUGUAAACACUUAUUUUUCCAUAAAUUCUAUUUUAGGUGUCCAGUGCCACAAAGUAAAUAAAUGCUUCUUCUUGUCAACCGACAAAAACAGUAUGUAAUCGUAUCGUGUAAAACGUCAUGGGUUAAAACUUAAAAAAAAGAAUAGAUCAAAUGGGUUAUUCCAGGUUUAUUGAAGUGAAGUCUUGAAAAAAACAAGAUGGUUUUAUGGGUUUUCAGGACAUCUGAAGUAUUUAUGUAUGGAAGCGGAUGGGCAGAGUGAGCAGAUAUUUAUUUAAAACUAGUGUCAUUGCUUAUUGCCUAUUUGAAAAGGUGGCUGUCUUUUCAUCAGAGUAGCUUGUGAUCUGUUCUCUAUGCUUACUUGGCAUGAUGUUUUAGGCAUCCAGUGAUCCGGUAUGAAUGGAAAGCGUGUAUUAAAAAAAAAUCCUGCAGCUGCUGCGUGCAGAAGCAGGAACUUUGUCAAAUAUUUGGUUUGUUACUCCCUAGCUUAACUGCUUCAUGACUAUUUAGAUGGCAUAUAAUGUUUAAGUCUGUUUUUGUUUUUUUAAAAGAUCUUUACCAAAUCACACAAUGUUGACUUCUGGAUUAUAGGCUUAACUCUUCAUUCCUGCCUCACUUGUCUGUUACCAGAAAUGACAUAGAACCAGUCAUGUGUUUCUGUUUUGUCUCAUUCAGGGCACUUAAAUGCGCUUAAGAAUCGAGAUGUAUGUUGUACGUCCAAAAAAGAUUUGAUUUUGGUGCCGAUUGCAGGGUAUAGUCAAGUUAGUGAGAAGAGUUUUUUUGUUAAUGGACAUGAGUAAUAUGUAAUUUUCUUUACAGUUAAAUCAAUCAUCUGAUCCCUAUCCUGAUCCACAGGAAAUGACUCCGUUAGGGGAGCGUGGGUUUGACUCACCUUUUAUCAAAAUAUUGUUUUCUUGUAAAUAGCAGCAUCAUUGGUUUUAGUCCAAAAAUGUUUUUAGCCACACUGCAAUCGUCCCGGUUUGCCUUAGCUUACCUAACCUGGGCUUACAGUAGUAGUCAGUCACUCCUGCUAGCCCGACCUCCAGUGAGUUUGUUAGGCCUGCAGCGCAGAGAGAGCUGCAGGCGACCAGAGGACCAUUCUUUUUCUAUUCUACCCUGUAUUCAGUUUGACCUCCUGUAUGUGCAAAUAUGUUUAUCCUUUUGGUAUAGAUUGUUCCAGAUGGCAGUUUAAGCAAUAAAAAAGUAAAAAUAAU